UCGGAUCCCUGGCAGCAUCACCGACAUCCAUCUCCGGCGGCUAGGAAAGAUGGCACCCACCAGCAUGGUUUUCAUGGAUCCCAAGAGCCCCCUGAGCCCUCGAGAGAAAAAUAAACUGAGAAAACCGGUGGUGGAGAAGAUGCGCCGGGAUCGAAUUAAUAGCAGCAUCGAACAGCUGAAGCUUAUGCUGGAGAAGGAGUUCCAGAGACACCAGCCCAACUCCAAGCUGGAGAAAGCAGACAUCCUGGAAAUGACGGUGGACUACCUGAAGGAGGAGAGCCGGUGGCGAGCAAAAGGACCUGCUCCCAAAGACACGCAGGUGGACUUCAAAGAGGGGUAUUCCAGGUGUCUCCAGGAAGCCUUCCAGUUCCUGUCCCUGCACAAGGUCCACACCGAGACCCAGGCCAAGCUCAUGAGCCACUUCCAGAGGAAUCAGCCGUCCCCAACAGAAGUGGCCCAUUCCCCCUCCGCGCGGAUGAAGCACCCGCCCGCCAAGAACCUCCAGACGCUCUGGAGACCCUGGUAGACGGCUGGAUGGACAUUAAUUCCAGAGGGAGGGCGAGAUUUCACCCAUUUAGCCCUGGUCUUCUCAUGUGUAGAGGAUAGCAUUUCCUCCUUGUAUUAUUUAUUCCUGGGCGGCAGGGGGGCAGGGCAUGGAAUACUUUGGGCCAGGGAUUCUCAACGUUGGGUCCCCAGAUCAUACUGGACUUCAACUCCCAUAACCCCCAUCCAAAGGCCACUGGGACUGGGGAUUAUGGGAGUUGAAGUCCACCAACAUCUGGGGACCCAACGUUGUGAACCCCGGCUUUGGGCCAAUGUAUUCUGUUGGCUUGUAUUUCGGCUGUACCGCAGUGGGUAAAAUUGACCCACAGCCGCCAUCCCGUUUUGGGGAGGGGGCACGUCUCUUCAUAAUGAAGACAGUGGGGUGUGUGAAAGCGAACUUUUAAAAAAUCUUGCUGUUGCUAGAGAUUGCUGUUCUCCACGCCCCAGUAGAAGCUUCUAGCUUCGCUCUGGUACUGCUUUGAUCUACUGAGUUUGGGGGUGCAGAAAGUGAAUGAAAGUUUAAUUUUGCCUGGUGGAGACCUGUUUCUCUCUCAGCGGUUGGGCAACAUGACGUGAUUUUUCAUUGAUUUUCUGCUCCCCCAUUGCUUAGGGAAGUGCUACCUUAUUGUCGCUUUAUAUUAAAGAAAAGGGAUAGUCCCGGGAAGGACUGCUAAUUCCCAAAUGUCAUACAUUUGCAAAGUAAGAACGAUUGGUUCUUUUCUGAUUGGCGUUUCAUUGCUAUAAUGACGGUUUCCUCUUGUACGGGGAAGGUUUCCAUUCGUGACGGAUGAGUAUGUGCAUGUUCGUUUCCCGCUUCGGGGAUCUUUGCAUGGAGUGCAUACUGCGUAUGCUUGCUGUAUCACAUUAUUUGUAGGAUGAAAUAAAGAGGGGAGAACUGGA